AUGGCAACCAAGAAGGACACAGAGUCUAGUGAGAACAAAGACUUUUCACCAAUUGCCACCAGAGCUCUCUGCUCUCUUUGUCUGAGUGAAAACAAGAUGGCGAGUAGAAGGACUCAUGAAGACCUAAGAUUUAAUUGCCUGAAUGACGAGGAAGUAGAUCAAGCCCUCAAUGAGUUGGUUGGAGAUUUGGAUCUAGAUCAGUCAGAUUUUGAAGAUAUAGGAGAUGACGAGCCAGAUAUGAUGCCACAUCCAAGAGGGCCACGAAACAUGGGUCUAAGUCUAGAAGAGUUAUUAGGAGACUGUGAUGAUGAUACGGAUGAAGAUCCGGAUUAUAAUCCAGAUUUAGAAGAUAUCCCUAGUUCAGAUUCCGAAUGUGCGGAUGAAUCAGCUAAACCCAAGCGAAAGCGGGAUACAAAAAAUUAUGGACAAAAUGCUAGUGGCAAAAAAAAGAAGAAAACUGCUACUGUGAAGCCGGCUGAUCCUGGACCAAAGUUGACUGCUAAAUCAUUUAAACCUGAAGAAAUCAAAUUGAUGGAGCCAAGCUACAAGAAAGAAGAAUGUGAUGACUCGUGGGACGAUGAUACAUUUGUUUAUCAGUACUUUGAUGAUGAACUCUUGGAUUUGAUGGUUUUAAAGACAAAUCAAACUUCAAUUCACAUAACAGGUGAGGGUUUAGGGCCGUGA